CCAUGCUCGCAGCAUCUCACCCCAGACUCCUUCCACCUAAAUAUGCUUGUGACCCGCAUCCCCCGUCCCAUCUGGGAUGCUUUCCUCUCGACCCUGAAAUGACAAAGGCCCCAGUCUUCAUCUGUCCGACUCUCACCCCGACAUGCUGUUCUACGUCGAUGGGGAAUAGGCCAUGAAAUCAACAAUGACAACUUCGUCAGUGUCUUGGUGGACGGAUGAGCGUGUUCAAGAGACAGUAACAUCUGCUUACGUCCACUCCCACCUCCGACCCAGUGAACAAGAAUUGCUGCAACGACCCCUAUACUUUGGAGGAGACCUCACCGAUGACACCUAUCUGGACUGGAUCUUGACCCGGGCUAAGCGAUUUUUCCUGGUCCUCGUUGCCACCAAUGUCCCUGAUCAGAUCUUCGGUAUCAUAGACGACUCUUAUGAUGAUGAAGACUUGCCAGUCGUGGAAAGUGCUGUCCCAGAGCUCCGACUCAGUUAUGAACCGGAUCGUGCCUUGGAUAAACGCUUCUACAAGAAUCAAUUCCGCUAUUUGACUAGAGUUGUAGGGGAAGGUGAACAUAUUCGUUAUGCUGAUGAGGAAACGGUCCCUGUGGUGCCUCUGAGCCUGAAGUCCUUGGUUUUCCCAAAGGGACACGAUGCGACUGAUCGGGUUCGCUUGCCUCUUGAGUCGUCAAAGGUCGUUCUCCGGCGACGGAUCGUUCUCGACAAGGACCUCACUGAAGAUGACGUCCUCGCAGAAAUUGCUUCAAGUCGAAAGCUUUGCCACGAACAUGUCACCUCCGUUUUCGGAUCCUACCUGCAGCAAGGAGUCCUCAACGUCCUGUCACUUCCUGCAGCUGAAUGGAACUUGAAAAGCUUUCUCGUCGACCCGCCAAAGUCGUUCAAUAUCCUUCCCAAAUCCGUGCGACAUGGUCAUCUCAUCAAUUGGCCUCACUGUCUGGCCAGCGCCUUGGCGUGGCUACACGACAAUGGUGAAUAUCAUGGAGCUAUACGGCCUUCCAACAUCCAGAUCGAUGACACCUUCCGCAUAUCACUCGGCAUGUUAGACGGCGAUGGUGUCUUGCGUGAUACCGUUCGGUCUGAUGAGAUUGAGCCUUAUCAAUACGCACCCCCGGAGAGGUGGAAGAGGGCCAUUACAAUCCAGAACACUGGCUCUGUGGCUGUAUCAUUACCGUCAGGAGGCCGAUCUGCCCGUAAGUUACGCACUGGCACAUCUGGAGAUGGCAGAAGUGUUUCGAGUAGCCGGCCAGGAUCUACCGCUACGUUUCGCUAUGAGCCUACAUCUCGAGGCAAACACGCUAGACUGAGGCUAAGCGCAGCAAUCGGCCCUGACAGGCUCCCUAGUCAUCAGCCACGCGAGCGCAAUGUCAGGUCGGCUGCUGACAACAAGUCAAUAUCAACACAAGGGACCGCUCGAGCCAAACCGUCGAAACCCGCUUCAAUCAUCUCAUCGACAAGCUCAAGUGGCCGGAAGACGGGCAGUUCAAAUCGAAGCAAUCCUGUGUUUGCUUCUGCAUUUGAAGGGCGGAGUGCUGUCGUCCAGACCUGGCAAUCGGUCGAGGAUGACAUGUUUUCCUCGGAUGUUUUCUCCCUUGGCGCCGUGAUUUUGGACAUCUUGACCAUACUUUGCAAGCGCAGCUAUAGUUCCUUUUCGCGACAUCGGGCUUCAAAGAAUCGAAAUGCUGGUAGAGGAGGUGGCUUGGCCGACGCAAGCUUCCACGCCAACCUUGGCCAGGUCUUCCUCUGGGCGCAAACCCUUCAGAAUGAUGCAGAGAAGAAAGCGAAAAAAGAAGGCAAUCAAACUUUACAUGCUGUCGGUCCCAUCAUCCAGCUGACACUGCAAUGCUUGGAACGAGACCCCUUUGCGCGAUUGACAAGCGAAGGUCUAGAGGCAAAGUUGGCCAGUCACAUCAGGCAGUUUGCUGAUUCGACGCUUCUUCAUUGUGCAGCUGAGAAACCUCGGCCUCCAGAGACCUCGACUCCAAAAUUACGAGCAACCGCUUCAUCGAGUCGAUUGCUCAAUGAUGGUGUGAAAUCUCCAUCCGCAGUAGAUGGGCCAUCUUUAAGCAGAGAGCGUAGACAGGCUCAACAGCAGCUAAUUCUCCCGGACGCCGACAUUCUUCGUGCCCCAAUCAACACGCCUUCUUUGCACAGGACUAUCUCCAUCAGCACCACUCCUGGAACUAUGUCUGCCAGUUCUUUGGCAUCUUUCAAUUUCGAUGGACUUUCUGACACGGUGGUGGGAGAAAGCCCACGAUCCCGUGAGCCAUCUCGAAGGGGCGGGCUUCGAAAGCAUUACCAUGCAGGUCAAUUGGACGCGUCGACGAGGCCAGACACGGACAACCAGGACCAGCCUGCGAUGCGCUGGAACAUGAUGCACAAGAAUGAUAGCGAGGUUGACCCGCGUCUGUCUUUUGGAGAAUCAGUCGACCACGGCGCCUUCACUUAUAUUAAUUACAGCACAAGUGCGUCAGAAUCAGAAGAAGGGGCGAAAUAUUUCCCACGACCACCAACAACACCAACACAUCCGCCAACAAAGGCACCAGACAGGGCACUACCGCCAGUUCCGGCAGUGCCUCCCCGUCUGAAAACCAGCCGAUCGAAGCCGAUCAUGAGAACACAACAGCAACCUUUGAUUGACCUCGAGUUACUCAGACAAUUGUCCAAUGUGGCAGUUGGCGGACAUCCUGUACGCACCGACAGCCUUUCUCAUGCCACGACUAGCGCUACUGAACUCGAUGAAAGUGAUGACGAGGAUUAUCAAGAUCUUUUAGAGCACGCGAGGCAAUAUCAAGCCGCCAAAGCAGCUCGAGACCUUGCGAGGAGGCAGAAGCAUGAGCUAAAUGCAUCCGGCAGGGCCAGAUAUUAACGGUGAUGAGGCAUUUACUACCGAGGUCUCUUUUGUGAACUCCAACAGUGUGAUGCUUUGAAGGUCACGCAUUAGGAAGUGCUACUAGCUAGGAAUGCAUAGGACGAAAUAUGUUGACAAGGUUAUGCCUCAUGAGCAUGGCGAGGGAAUAUAGUUGUUUACCAUAUAGUGUUUGCGGAAGUGAUAUUCCCGACA